AUGCCAAGCUUCUCUUCUGCAGCUAGAGAGCUUGAUUCUGCCCCACGUACCCAACUACGCCUAAGACCGAGGCUUGCCGUAGCAAACACAAACACGUUUGCAGCACAAAAGAGGUUCUGCCAGAGCGAAGUCACCAGCAGUUUCGUCAACAUGGCUUCAGAUCGCGACGUCCUCCCCGCAUGGGCCAAACCCUCGCACUACGCCCUCUCCCUCCACGACCUCGAAUUCGGCGGCAAGUUUGCCUACAAGGGUACCGUCAACAUCACCACCAAAAUCACAAAGGACGAUGGCUUCAGCACCCUCGUCCUCAACGCGCAUCAGCUCAAGCUGCAAACCGCCGAGCUGAAGGCUGGCGACAAGACACUGUCAGCAAAGGACAUCUCAUACGAUGAGAAGAGGCAACAGGUCACACUCGACUUUGGCGAGAAGAUCAGCUACUCAGGCGAAGCUCAGCUGGAGAUCAAGUUUGAGGGCUUUGUCAACAACAUCAUGGCCGGCUUCUACCGCUCCAAGUACAAGCCCAAGGGCGACGUCCCCGCUUCCGUCGCAAAGGACGAUGAGUUCCACUACAUGUUUAGCACCCAAUUCGAGGCCUGCGACGCCCGCCGCGCUUUCCCCUGCUUCGACGAGCCCAACCUGAAGGCUACCUUCGACGUUGAGCUCGAAGUGCCCAAGGACCAGGUCGCCCUCAGCAACAUGCCUGAGAAGGAGAUCAAGCCCAGCAAGCGGGACGGCUUCCACACUGUCGUCUUCGAGCGAUCGCCCAUCAUGUCCACAUACCUGCUGGCGUGGGCCAUCGGUGACUUUGAGUACGUCGAGGCUUUUACCGAGCGCAAGUACAACGGAAAGAACAUACCUGUCAGGGUCUACACUACCCGUGGUCUGAAGGAGCAGGGUCGUUUUGCUCUGGACAACUGCCACAAGAUUGUCGACUACUUCUCCGAGGUCUUCCAGAUUGACUACCCGCUUCCCAAGGUCGAUCUGCUGGCUGUUCACGAAUUCUCACAUGGAGCUAUGGAGAAUUGGGGUCUCAUCACCUACAGGACUACUGCCGUACUCUUCGAUCCCGCCACAUCGGCCGACAGCUACCGCAACAGGGUCGCUUACGUUGUUGCUCACGAACUCGCCCAUCAGUGGUUCGGUAACCUGGUCACCAUGGACUGGUGGAGCGAGCUUUGGCUCAACGAGGGUUUCGCGACAUGGGUCGGAUGGCUUGCCAUUGAUCAUUUGUACCCAGAAUGGAACGUCUGGGGACAGUUUGUCACUGAAUCCGUCCAACAAGCUUUCGCCCUUGACGCGCUACGAACAUCCCAUCCCAUCGAAGUACCCGUAUACGACGGUCUUGAGGUCGACCAGAUUUUCGACCACAUCUCUUACCUCAAGGGUUCCUCAGUCAUCCGCAUGCUGAGCGCUCACCUUGGCGAGAAGGUCUUCCUGCAGGGUGUUGCCGACUAUCUCAAGGCCCACCAGUACUCCAACGCCACUACCAACGACCUGUGGUCUGCCCUUAGCAAGGCGUCUGGUCAAAACGUCAACACCUUCAUGGACCUAUGGGUUCGCAGGAUCGGUUUCCCAGUCGUCACCGUAGCUGAAGAGCCUGGUCAAAUUGGACUGCGUCAACAACGCUUCCUUCUUGCGGGUAACGUCAAGCCCGAAGAGGACCAAACUACCUGGUGGAUUCCGCUUGGCCUUCACUCUGGCGAGUCAGCUUCCAGCGCGUCUGUUCACGAGACCACUGCAAUGACACAGAAGGAAGACACAAUCCGCAACGUCAGCGACAGCUUCUACCUGCUCAACAAGGACCUCACUGGUUUCUACCGCACCAACUACCCUGCGGACCGCUUGAAGAAGCUCGGAGAGGACCGCGAUCAGCUCACCGUGCAAGACAAGAUUGGCCUCGUAGGUGACGCCUACGCCAACGCAGUAGCAGGUUACGGCUCCACCGCUGGUCUCCUCGCACUGGCAGAGCGCUUCCAGGACGAGUCUGACUACCUUGUAUGGUCUCAGAUUCUGACCAACAUUGGCAACGUCCGUAGUGUCUUCUCCGGCAGCGAAGACAUCAGCGAGGGACUGAGGAAGUACCACCUCAAGCUCAUCACCCCAGCAGUCGAAAAGGUCGGCUGGGAGUUCAAGGAUGGCGAGAACUACCUCGUCGGCCAACUUCGCGCCAGCCUCAUCCUCUCCGCCGGCAUCGUCGGCCACAAAGCCACCGUCGACGAGGCCCUCAAGCGUUUCGACGCCUACAUCAAUGGAGACAACAAGGCCAUCCACCCCUCGCUCCGCCGCGCCGUCUUCGCCACUGCCAUCAAGAACUGCGGCGAACCAGCCCUCAAAGCCGUCCAAAACGAAUACCUCCACACCACGUCCAUCGACGGCAAAGAAAUCUGCCUCGGCUCCCUCGGCCGCGUCCAAACCCCCGACCUCGCAAAGCAAGUCAUGGACUUUGUCUUCUCCGACGCCGUCGCCAUGCAAGACAAGCACAGCUCCACCAUUGCCCUUGCCAACAACUCCAAGGUCCGCCCGGAGGUCUGGCACUACAUCCGCGAUAACUGGGACUCCAAGGUGCAUCCUGCGCUUGCUGGGAACCCGGUUGUCCUAGAGAGGUUCCUCAGGUUUGGAUUGAAUAAGUUUACGGAUGCCAAGGUGGCGGAUGAGAUUCAGGAGUUCUUCAAGGGGAAGGAUACGAGGGGGUAUAAUAAGGGGCUGGAGGUUGUGGAUGAUACUAUUAGGAGUUAUGCGGCUUAUGCGGAGAGGGAUGCGGGGGUUGUUAGGGAAUGGCUGGGGGCGAAUGGGUAUGCGUGA